AUGAUUUUACACAUUUUAUUUUUCUGCUCUAUCUUUUUCACUCAACAAGGCAUCGCCGAGAAAGUCGACGUUUACGAUUUUCAUGAGAUGAACGAAUGCGAUUCUUUUCGAGUGAAUACUGAUAAGGCAAAGAAAGAAGGACAACUCAAUAAGAUCGAAUUGUUGAGGGUCGAUUAUGUUAACGAUGUCGUUUGCACUGGUGCCUACGUGAAGGCCAGCAAAGAGGCAAGCGUUCUCGAUCGUUGCUUCAGUGAAGAGUUGCAGCUAAAAGCUUUAAAGAAAUGCGGCCAAAAACCGGCCAACGAUGCCGAAUGCAGCAAGCAUGCCGAUAACAUGAGAUGCACAUUGAAUGAGCUCGGUGAACUCUGUCAAAUCGAAAAACUCGGACAGAAAGUGUACAGACUCAUCAAAUAUAACAAUCAGAAAGCCGCAAGCGAGAAACGAUUCGACGACGAGCCUCCUCUAACCGACGAUCCGGCGUUUCGUUGUGAGAAAGAAAUCUCAACCGGUCCAACAACGGCUUGGAGUGAAUGUGAUGCGGACGGGGUGACAACGAUGUGUGCAAGUUUACAAAUUUUGAAUGGUGAUUGGGCUAAGUGUUGCAUGGAGUGUGAGACAAUCGAUUCCUUUUAUUCGGAUAACGUGACAUUUCCCGGUGAAGGAUUGAAAUACAAUGUGAACGUUGCUUGUUGCAAUUCGACAAAGUGCAAUGGGGUUGGAACGGAAAAUUUUCCUAUAGAU